AUGACUCUGAGCUGGGCCCAGUGGAAGCGCGGGCUCCACUGCCUCUUCCGUGGGGUGGUCUACACCUUGCACUGGGAGAUCCUGGUGCAAGCGGUGAUCACCAAGAGCUCCGGCUGGGAACUCCAGGUGACCUACCCAGUUCCGCUGGACGGGUCCCUGAACGGCAGCACCUGGUCGAGCUCUCCGCCGGCGCUGCCCACCUCCUUCGGGUCUUUGCCCUUCUUCACUUGCCAAGCCCUGCGGCCGGUGCCGGGUGGCGAACGAUGGAGGGAGACCUUGCUGCUUCUUCGAUUCCAGACGGGCCAGAGCCAGGGCUAUCAGGAGCUGCAUCCCCAGCGUCGCCCGUCGCGGCUCCGGCUCCACUGGAGCCAGGGCGGGGCCGCCGGCGUCGCCGGCUACGCCUUUGCGCGCUUCGAGUCCUGCAGCGACCUCGUCUUGGAGACCGGGAAUCUCCCGUUGCUCCGCGGCUGCGAGGCUUUGGAAGAGAGCCUUGACGGUGUUGUGCUCUUGGAGCUGCAGUGGGAGAAGCCCCUCCAGCGGGAGGAGUUCUACGACCUGGUGCUGCCGGCGCGCGCGGAGAGACGGCGCGCGCGUCUCGGCGGAUUGGGCACGUUGCGGCUGGAGGUUCGUGGCGAGGGCACUGGAGUUGUAGCUGAGUGGGGGGAGGUUCCGGCGCCUGAGCUGCUGGGCGCGGGCGACGCGCUCUUCGACGAGCUGGGCCCGGUGAAGGCGACGCCGCAGGUCUUUGAUCUCAACGAUGAGGUCCUGGGUUUGGCGCCCUGGGACCACCAGCUCAUAGUCUCGUCCAGCGAAUUGAAGGUCUUCCAGGUGGACCUGCUGCAGGGCCCCAGCGAGAGCAGCGCCUCCCGAAGCUGUGUGGAGCUGAUGGGCAGUUGCACGCCGGGCGCGGUGGCGGUCUUGGAGUAUCCGGAGAUCCUGCUUUGUGACCGCACACGGCUGCUGUGGCUGGCGGUCGAUGCCGCCGCCGCGAACGCGACAGAGGCGCUGGACGGGCCGUGGCGCCUGAAGGGUCGCUUUGGCAGUGAGCUAGCGCAAGUGGACCGUGCAGGGUUGGCCUCCUGCGAUGCGGUAGCUGCCGGAGGAACGGACCACGUCUUCGUGGUGGAUGGGGGCAAUCAUCGGGUGAUGCAGUUGAAGGUGACCUCUGUAGCCAGUGCCAUGGCUUCCAGCGUGCUGCUGCCGCCGGCCGCGCAGCUGGCGUUGAAAGGGCCCUUGGAGGCCAUCUAUGGCAACGACCACUACGAACUCUUGGUAGGGCAACAAGGCGAAGGCCCGUUGCCGGCGCGGCUGUGGCGCGUGCGGCUCUCGGACAUGCAGCUCUUAGGCUUCGUCUUCGUGCAGUUCUCCUCGUUCACGGACCCCAACCAGAUCCCUCUGUUCGAGAUCAACCAGCUGACGGCGCUGGGCAGCGGCGGUUCCAUCUGGGUAGCCGGUGACCGGCUGCUCUUCAGGUUGGACAUCGCGACGCUGAGAAGCCGGGACUACUUGGACCUGCCGGCAUCCUGGGGCCAAGUGACUGUCAUCACGGAAUAUGGCGAAGUCUUGGUGUUGGGAACGGAUGCCCCUGCAGUGGUUGAGGUUUCUUUGGCCACAGCAUCUCUGGCCACAGCCCCCGUGAGUUUGUGGCCACUGACUCCGCAGCAGGGCAUUCCACGUGUGGCGGCCAGUAGCAGGACUGUUCCGAUGGCGAUUCUAGGCACCGACGCAGCCAGCCCGCAGCUCUUGGUCCUGCCCGCCCGCCUCACAGUGACGCUGGGCGGUGCGGGCAUCACGGCGCUGGCGCCAGUGGCGAGCGGUGUGGUGGCGGCCACCGGAGAAGAUGGAUCGCAGCCAGCGGCUCUGCACCUGGUGGAGCUGCCAGCCAACCUCUGCGAGAACGAGACCGCGGAGGACCUGAGCAACAGUAGCGAGGAUUGUUCCUGGCCGACCCUCGUGGCGAACCUCUGGCAAGCGGCCUCUGUUGAGAUCAACAGCCUGGUCUCUGAAGGCAACCAGCUGCAUGCCGCGGUGAUGGAAGGCGGCACUUUGAAUCCCAGGGCGUCCACGCUCGACUUCACGGUGGAUGGCCAACGCUUGCUGCCGGAGAACGCCACGACCGUGGCGCAGGGAGAGGGACGGCUGAUGUUGACGAAGGUCCCAGGCACCCUCUACGGGCUGUUGCUGCCACCCACUGGAGCUUCCAGGUUCUCGGCCUUGACGCGGGACGCCGACUUUGCUCCGCUCGGCUUCGCCUUGGUGUCCAUCUUCGGGCGCCGCGUCGCAGGUCCCAUCGAGGUGGGCUACCUGGCGACCUCGGACACGGGCGGCCUCUCCUCCCCCAGCGCCGUGGCCUAUGCCGCGCUGCCGGAGCCCUGCCUCUACGUGGUGGACACGGGGAACCAUCGGCUGCUGCAGCUGGAGGUCCAGGGGCUGCGCUACCGCACGCACUUUGGAGAGUCAGGCUUUGCGGGCUCCGACCUGGCACGGUUGAGCAGCCCGAGGGCGGUGGCGGUGGGCGAUGGCUACCGGGUCUACGUGUUGGAUACGGGCAACGGCAGGCUGUUGGUCCUGGCCACAGGCGACACCUUGGGACACCUCACGGCGCUGCAAAGCUUGUCGCUGCCCUUCGCUGCCACGGCCUUGACGCUGCUGCCGGGCGCCGGCCUAGGUGUCGCCCGCCUCUGGGCGGGGGGCCGCGGCGCGCGGCGCCUGGCGCGCUGGGACCUGACGCCGCCGGGCUUCUGGGCCGUGAGCGGCACCAGCACCGCUCAGGCCGUGGCGCCUCUGUACUUGGACGUGCGGCUGAGUGAUCUGCAACUGGACCUGGGAGCCGCUGGAGGCCUCUUGCUCACCGCCGCUCCGCUCCUCGCGUGGCAGCUGCCCCCGGGUCCGACCUCGACGCCGGCGGAGACGCCGGAGACGACGGGGGUGCCCCCGCUGUGCGAGGCCACGGUCGCCACGCGCAGUGGUGCGCGCAGUCCGCGGAGGAUCGACUGCGAGUUUCGAGGCGCAGGUCCGGGCCUACCGAGCCCUUCGGUCUUCCUCAAGGUCGAUCAUCUGGAUUCCACCGAGGAAAGCCGCAUUAGCCUGCGCUGCGCCACGCCGCAGGGCGGUGCCGCCCCCAACCUCUUUGACGUUAGCGGCUGGUGGAGUUUGGCCCUCGUGGUGCAAGGCGGCGUGGGGCGCAGCGUGCGCAGCCGGCUGCUGCCGGUCUGGCCGCAGCGCGACGGGGCGCUGCCGGUGGCGGUGACACCGCAACUGGCACGGCCACUGGUGCUGGUGCCCGUGGGAGGCGAGGUGCAGCUGGGGCUGGACCUGACCGUGCGUGCGGUGCUCACGCUGGGCGCGCUGCUGGUGGGCAGCAGCCGUUUGCCUGGACACGUGGCGCUGCAACUGCCCGAGGGACUCCAGCUCCUGUCGGCCGACGGCUGCAGCGCGACCGGAUGCUGCAGCUGCCACGUGCCGCUGGACGCCUCGGCCGUGCGGCUGCAGGCCGAUGGUUUGUAUCCGCUCACCCUGCAGCUCCGGGCGCCGCAUGCGCCGGUGCCGACGACCUGGCGCCUGGAGUUGCACAGCGCCGGGCCCUGGCAGGUGUCCGGUGUCACUGAGAGCGUGGGGGUCAAGUUCACCUUCGGGAGACUCAUCCCGAGCACUUGGAGCCACUUCCCCGUGCUGCAUGCCACACCCCCCAUCUUGGGGGAUACGCUGCUGGUCGUCACUUUCAGGCCGUACACCUCGGGCGCCGGUCACGUGGUCCUGGUCGGGCCAGAGACCGCAGUCCUCCGCUGCCGGCGGCUGGCGCUGCGGGCGCUGAGUGAGGCGCCAGGCCCGCCCUCCGAGUGGCGCUGCUGGGCGCCGCGCGAGCGCUACGUGGAGAUCACCGUGCUGCCAGAGGAGUUCUCGCCGGCCGUGACCUAUCGCUUGGAACUGGAAGUGCAGCAUCUCCCCGGCUCUUGGGUGCCGGACGAAGAGGACCAGGCGUCGCUCUUCGGCAACGCGUCGGAGGCCACGCCCUGGUGGAGGUUGAGCUUCGAGGACGUGAACCACACGCGGCUCGCCACGGCGCGGUGGAUCCCAGGGUAUCCGCUCUGGCCAGAGACCUUCGACCUGGCGUUGGACUACCUGAACCUUCCUCUCUCCUUGUCUCCAGGUGCCAAGUCCACCUUAGCCGUGACCAUCUCCUCGUUCCAGGCCUUGGGGCUGCCGGUCUACGUGCGGCUGUAUGCCCCUGAGCAAGUGAGCCUCCUAUGCCGGGAAGGCGCUGUGGUCUUGUGGCCCAGCCGCUUCACGGCAGCGCCCACGGCGCACGCCACGUGCCGAGGCAUUGGCACCUUGGAGCUGGUCAUCUGGGAGGCGCUGGCGCCGGACACGAACUACAGUUUCCAGGCCACCGUCACCUUGCCGAACAGCACGAACCUCUCGAUCGAUUGGUGGUACGUGACCUUGGAGGCAGCCGGCGUGCGCUUGGGCGCUUCGGCACCUCAACGGCCCAUCGUGGUACCGGAGGCCAUCCAGGCGGAGGAGGACUCCGACGUUGUGACGACCAGCUCCGCCGCGGACGAAGACGCGCCUGCCGCGGACGCGACGGAGGCCGCGGACGCCACGGUGUCAGAGCUCCGUGUGGAGCGCCUCGUGGUGCACGAGGCAGAGAAUGAGACCACGCUGGGGCCAUGGCUUUUGCAGCAGACUUGGGCGGAGACCCACGAGCUCUUGGCCUUGGAGAUUCUGCAGAUCCAAGUGGAUGGCGUGCCCCUGGGCGCCGUGCUCUCUGCCGGCGGCUCGCUGAAGCUCCACGCGCCACCAGGUUUCACGUUCCCCUCCCCCUUUGACGCCGCGAGCGUCCGCGCGCUGGGCCUGGCGCCCACGCGCAGCCGCGUGGAGGGCAACGGCACUGCAACGGUGCUGCACUUUCAAGACGAUGUGGAGAGCGUGGCCAUGGAUGUCUCCGUGGCCGUGCGCUGGGCUCCUCCGGAAGAGGAAGCCGUCGAGCCUUGGAGGCUGGAGCUUUGGUCGGCCUCUGGGAAGCUUUUGGCGGCACAAGGAAACAUCGGCAGCUUCGAUCGUACUGUGCCCUUCCGACGGCUCUGGGUGACCUCCGACGUCCACGUGCCCGGCGCCAGCUUCGAGGUGGCCGUGUUCUUUGCCAUGCCAGCGGUCGAAGGCGCCCGCAGCCUGCGCCUGGAAGCGCCGCCGCUGCUCUCCUUCGCCUGCGCCGCCACGGCCGCGACGACGCCCGCGGUGGCGUCCGGAGUGGCAGGCUCCUUGCAGGAUGACGUGAUCACAGCAGCCGCGGCGCGGCCGCUGCCGCCGGGGAGCUGCGUGGCCAGUCAGAACGUCCUCACCCUUCACCUGCUCAGCGCCCUGCAGCCGGCAGCCGUCUACGGCUUCCCGGCCCUCGCGCGGCAUGGAGCGACGCGGGAGGCGCCUGAAGUCACAGCGGAACGCGUGUGGUUUGGUGCCCUGGCGUCCUCAGCAGCCGCCGGGAGUCGCAGGAUUUCGUCCUCGGCCUCGAUGGUGCGUUUGAAGGCGCGGGAACUGACCCCGGUGUGGCUCCACUGCCCACGGCCUUACUACGGACAGGAGUCACUGCUCUUCGUGAUCUUCGCCGUGGGCUCGCAAGCCUUUCCAAGCUCCAAGCUUCGCCUCUCUUGGCAGACUCCGUCCUCUUCUCCGAGCCAUCGCUUCAUGAGCUGCUUUUGGCAGCAGUCGCUGCUGCGCCGGCAGCAGUGGCGAAGUCCUUGGGAUCUCACACAGGUGCCUGCAGUUCUGGAAGAAGAGGGCACGACCGCGUCGACCGCGGACUCCUUGCUGCUGGCGAGCUUCGAAGGUUGUACUGGAGGGGAGGAGCAAGUGACCUUGAGCCUCGAGGCACCCCUCGCCCCGCUGAAGAGCUAUCUCUUACAGCUCGCCGUGGCGCACGGGCCGGAGGCGGAGAAUGCGACGGAGGCGGAGACGCUCUUGACCUUGGAGGUCCUCGAAGACUCCCAAGGUCUGCCGCGCGCCUUGGCGCGCUCCGCGGACCUGCGGACCUACGCCUUGGCGGAGGAGAUGACGCUCACUCGCUGGAGCUACAGCAGUGCCUUCCGCUCUGCUGAGAACUCUUUGGACUUGGAAUUUCAGCCGAGCAAGACCACGAGUGAGAGUCAGGCGACGAUGUUGGGCUUCCUGUUGCAGGCGCCACCCACCUUCCUCUUCACGCAGAAGUCCUGUGAAGAGUUGGUCUUGCAACGUAGCGAACGGGUGGAGAACCUGCAGCUAGGACGCGUGGAGAGCAAAGCGCUCUUCUUGCAGGGCAUGCCUCUCUGCGAGGUGCUUCCGUCCCCAUGGCUCUUUGAAGGCGGCUACUACCAACAUCAGCUCACGGUCUAUUUGCCUCCACUGGUGGGAUUCCGUCAGGACUUCAGGUACCGCGUGAAGGUGUCGGUUCUGAAUCCCCCCUUGCCCUUGGACGACCCCGUGAUGAAGCGCUUUUUGCGGGAGAAGACCUCGCCCAAGUUCUCGCGGUCCUCUUACUUGGCACCAGCCCUGCAGACCUGGCGCCUCAGCACCUUCCUUUGGUUCUCCGGCGAUCGGGGCACAGGUGAAGUGCCCUACAGCCUCAAUCAGAAAGGCCCCCUGGGCCGCCCGGGAGGCCUCCGCAAGUUGGAGGAGGUCGCCUGGAAAGGCUUCGAGAUCCUCACCUAGUUCACGACCUGUGCCACCUGUGCCUCCUGAUCCCGAGCUCUUGUGCCAUCCCUGCGACUCCGCGCCGCCCGCGCGGCGGCGCCGUCCGCGCGGCCCGCUCCGUCUGCGACGUGGCGGCGAGGAGCUUCGGGACAAACUUGGGGGGUGAAGAUGGGGGAUCUUGGGAUUGGUGAAGAUGGACACUCGUUGAAAGGACACCAAACCGAUUGGCUAUGAUUGGCUGAUCAGUUUGCGGUUGGGUUUUGCGAUCCUUGCGAUUGUGUGGCAAUCUGGUGUUUUUUUCAUUUUUGAAAGCAAGACAAGACAUGGCAAGAUUGUAUAGUACUAAGUACUAAGUACCUCAAAGCCACAACGUCCCUUUGACAAUCCUUCUUCGACCAAUGAUUUCUUCGGCCACCACCUGCCCACCACCUGGCCUCCCCUCUCCUGGUUUUGUUGUUUUCA